ACGGCACCUCCUUAACGUGAUCCGGGUCUCUCAUUCGUCUACCCAACACCUUGAAUACGUCUGGAAGGAUGCCAAGGACAUCAAUUUGGACGUGUUCCUCACGGGAACUACAUUGUAUCUGAACGACCGGAACCUUUCCAUUGAAUACGUUCACAAGACUGCCAGCGCUGUGUCACCUUGUGUUGCCUAUGAUUCGAGGUCAGAAGAUGAUGACGAUAAUACUUUUACAUGCGAUUGCUCUGUCAUGGAUCUUGUAUCCCAGAUUGCUGACAGCACGAUGACUAGGCUGCCGCGUCACGAGAUACGCGCUGCUAACGCUCUAAAUCGUAGUCUCGUUGCACUCUUUCCACGAUCUUUGAAGAUAAAGUCUCCCCCGCGGCGUUUCGGCUAUCCCGACAGAAUGGAAUUGACUUGGACGUGUUCGGCCCCCUCAGCUUUCACUGUUGUCGUCAAGCCUGGGAGGCAGUCGCUGAAUAAUGAAUUGAAAGUUCCUGUUGAUGAUCAGGAGGAAGCCCAGUGGGACGCAUCGGUAAACCAUAGCGGUGAUGCUGUUUCCGACAUCAGUUAUAUAAUUACCACAGACAAGAUGGCGCUACUAUCCGACUAUCACCCGGGACGCGUCUAUACCAUUCAGGUCUACGCAAAUCGGACUCAUUUUUCCGUCGCUUACUCACAGCCAUUUCUAUUUGAAUGCCCGCUGAAUUGUGUGAACGAGUUGAAGGGGGAAAUGCGAGGCGGCACCCUUUUCGUCUCAUUCUCCACAGUUCGCGGUGCUUGUCAAUAUGAGAUCAUAACGAUAUUCCCUGACGAAGUAAGGAAUACUGACUUGACUGAUGGCACGGAGUGGUCCAAGGAGAUUUUGGGGAAAGCGCCAAUCCGUGUCAAGGUUUCAGCUAUCAGUGCAGAAGGGGUGCGCAGUUACACACCUAUGACUGUGGAUGUCAUUCCUGAACCUUCUGCUGUUGCUUCUGCACCUCCCCAAUUAUCUGGAUCUCCUUCCAAAGUCGCAGCAUCAUCAGAUAAUAAGGACCCUCCCAAAGGACAAUCUACCUCCCAGAAACCUCGGAUACAGAAAUCUAAGGCAAAAAGGCGACGGAAAGGGAAGAACUCAUCGGGUGGACCUAUCCCUGAACCAGAUUCUGAUAGUGAGGAAUCGGAGGAUGAUGUAGAAUAUGAGUUUGUACAGGGCGAGAGUGAAACCGACGACGACGCAAGCGACGAUGGCUGGACAGAACAUGUUGUAGGGCGUUCCAAGCGGACUCCCAAAGUUGAGACAACACUUAACCAUGACUGGACAACAAUUUGCGGAAUCGAGGUCCAUGUAAACGAUAUCCUUGAAGUCGAACUUGGAUCCUCGAAAUCUCAACACCGCUUCGUACAUUUCCUCAUCUACGUGGAAAUGAUUUCCGAAGUACAGAAGACUAAUCGGACUCCAAAUUCACCCUAGAGGGUCUGAAAUAUCUGAGUGUCCAUGAUUUUCUCGACCCUUGUCUAGGAAAAGACCCCCAAAAAUACCGGCAUGUAGAGAGUCUCUCAGAAGAAAGUCGGGAGUUUCUGCUGUUGCCAGAUGAUGCAGAUCAUGUCACGUCGGUUGUCUCUGU